AUGUUAUAUUCUUACGAAGCUGAAGAAUUAUCAAAAAAAUUUAUGGAACAAAAUAUUGAAUUACAACAUGAAAUUGAAACAUUUCGUUCUCAACUUGAUUAUAUUGUAACAUAUAUUAAUCAAAAAUUGGAUCAACAAAAAAUAACAACAACAACAUUAUCAUCUUUAUCUAUACAUCAAUUAGUAUUUGAAACUAUGCAACAAGAAGAAAAUGAUCUUUUAAAAUAUUUAGUAUGUAUUAUUAAAAUUUAA